AUGCAAAGCAGAAACCCGCAAGCACCUCACGCAAUACCGGCUCCACCAGAAGGUCAGGAUGGUAAGGAGGGCAAACCGAUAAACGAGUGCAGAAACUGCAAAAGAGACUCCCCGGAAGGACAAGAUGUAAGAUGGGCAAGCAGGACCACCCUCAAGCACCUUCCAACCGCAAUACCCGCUCACAGAAUGGUCAGAUUGGUGUGUAGAGAGGGCAAACCGAUAACGACGUGCAAAACUGCAAAAGAGACUCCACCGCAAGGGCAGAUGGGUAAAGAUGGCAAGCAGGACAGACCUCAAGCACCUCCACCGCAAUACCCGCUCAACCAGAGGGUCAGGAUGAAAACUGCAAAGAGACCUCCACCGGAAAGGCAAGGAUGUAAGGACCCGCAAAGAAGGGCAAGAGGAAAGCAUGCUAAAGCGGAAGAAGAUCACACAAGCACUCCACCUGCGGGAAUACCCGCUCCUCCAGAAGGAGAAGGUGGCAAACCCGAUAAACCGAGUGCAGAAACUGCAAAAGAGACUCCACCGGAAGGGCAAGAUGGUAAAGAUGGCAAACAGGACAACCCUCCAAGCACCUCCACCGCAAUACCCGCUCCACCAGAAGGUCAGGAUGGUAAGGAGGGCAAACCCGAUAAACCGAGUGCAGAAACUGCAAAAGAGACUCCACCGGAAGGGCAAGAUGGUAAGGAGGGCAAACCGGACAAACCGAGUGCGGAAACUGCAAAAGAGACUCCACCGGAAGGGCAAGAUGGUAAAGAUGGCAAACAGGACAACCCUCCAAGCACCUCCACCGCAAUACCCGCUCCACCAGAAGGUCAGGAUGGUAAGGAAGGUAAACCGGACAAACCGAGUGCGGAAACUGCAAAAGAGACUCCACCGGAAGGGCAAGAUAGUAAGGACGGCAAAGAAGGGCAAGAUGGAAAGGAUGCUAAGGCGGAGAAUCCACCAAGUACUUCAACCGCAAUACCUGCUCCCCCAGAAGGCCAGGAUGGUAAGGAAGGUAAAUCAGACAAACCGAGUGCUGAAACUGCAAAAGAAACUCCACCGGAAGGGCAAGAUGGUAAAGAUGGCAAAGAUGGGCAAGACGGAAAGGAUGCUAAAGCGGAGAAUCCACCAAGUACUUCUACCGCAAUACCUGCUCCACCAGAGGGCCAGGAUGGUAAGGAAGGUAAACCUGAUAAGCAUAGCACAGAAACUGCAAAAGAGACUCCACCGGAAGGGCAAGAUGGAAAGGAUGCUAAUGCGGAAAAUCCUCCAAGCACUGUCCCUGCUCCCGUCGAGGGACAAGAGGUUAAAGAUGGCAAACCUGCAAGUGAAGAUGGCGCUGCAAAGGACUUGAACAAAGCGGAUACUGCUGUAGCGGAGCCCUCAGCUGCCAAUGCUCAGGAAGUCAAAGACGGCAAACCCGUAGGUGAUGUCCAAGAAGGGGCACCAAAAGAAGUCGACAAAGCCGGUGGUGCAGCGGCAGAACCUACUGCCGCUGAUGCACAAGAAGUGAAAGACGGCAAGCCUGCAGGUGACGUUCAAGAAGGGGCAUCCAAAGACCUUGAAAAAGCCAGUAGUGCAGUCGCAGAGCCUACGGCUGUCAAUGCCCAGGAAGUCAAAGACGGCAAGCCCGCAGGUGAUGUUCAAGAAGGGGCAUCCAAAGAUAUUGACAAAGCUGGUACAGCAGCGGCAGAACCUACCGCCGCUGAUGCACAAGAGGUCAAAGACGGCAAACCUGCAGGUGACAUUCAAGAAGGAACAUCCAAGGAUGUUGAAAAAGCUGGUGCUGCAGCGGCAGAACCUACAGCUGCCGAUGCACAAGAAGUCAGGGAAGGCAAAGCAGGUGGUGAAGCUCAAGAAGCGUCGUCGAAGGAUGUAGGUAGGGCAGGUACUGCUGCUGCGGAGCCUACCGCAGCUGAGGGCCAGGAAGUCAAGGAGGGUCAUGUCGUAGGUGAGCAUGGUGCGGCGAAGGAUGUUGACAAAGCUAGUAGUUCGUUGGUGGAUCCCAUGGCAGCUGAACAUGAAGAAGUUAAAGAAGGGGCAGUAUCAGGAGAGAAGGGGUCGGCAAAAGACCUUAGUCAUCCAGACACAGCCACAGCAACACCUUUGCCUGCGGAAGAGGGACAGGAAGUCAAAGACGGUAAAUUGUCCUGCGAGAAAGGAUCUGUGAGGGAAGUCGUCAAACCUGGCUCUGAUACUGCCACCUCCGCCGCAGCCGAAGGACAAGAAGUCAAAGAUCGUAAAGUAUCAGGAGAGCAGGGAACGGGAAAAGACGUAGAGAAACCAGACGAGAAGAAGAGCGAUUACCUCCCAACACCAGCAGAAGGAGCCGGCGAGGUUGCUCAAGCUACCAGUACUUCCGAUAUUCGAGUUUACAAGUCUAGUCUACAGUAG